AUGCCUGUCUCGGCUCAGCGCGGUUGCUGGGGCCCAGCCGAGGCGCCCGGAGUCCUAGCGGAGGCGGAGGCUGGCGUCCCGGGCCUUUCCUCCAGAGCAUCCGUGCCGGAGCUGCCCGAGCUGGCACCUGGCCAGCGGCUGCAUCCCGGCGGCCUCUCCGUGGCUCGUCUGGCCGUUCAGAGGCGGGGCUGCCGUAUCCCUUCCAGGCGGGCCUAG